GGCAUUUUCGGUGCUCUGGUUAUCCGUUUGAAUAAAGUGGUGCAAAAUAUGCGCCGAAAUCGAUGCAAAAACCGGCCAAUCGCCUACCUCCUGAUGUUGACCGCCGCGUACUCGAUGAUCGCAUACUUCCAUCCGGAUCUACGAGUGCAUGAGAAGCUGUUUAUUCGAAAAUUGGUUCUCGGCUGCUCUCCCGGUGACCAGGAAGAUCUUUGUGACUACAUUCGCACGCCACCGGGAGGCUUCGCCAACCUCACUGUCAUGAGUGACAUCAGCCUGCAGGGCAGUUUCCCUGCCGGACCGCGAAUGAGUCGUGGCGUGAUCCUGCUCAUCAUCGCUCUGAUCUUCAAAUUUGUCGGUCUUGUGCUGGUGUACGGCGUCCCCGUGCCCACUGGCGUCAUGCUGCCCAGCAUCAUG